UCACUUUCCUCGGCUCGACCAUGAAUAGAACAGUAACUGGCCAUGCUGCUGUGUCUGAUGGGCAGUCUGAUCUGCGUGGAGCCAUACCGUGACAACUACGACGUCUCGCAGGAAUCGCUUGAAGACUAUUUCGAUGCGAACCCUUACGAGAGGUACGACUACGACUGGUCGGUUCGGUACGACCUUGUUUCGGGCGACGUCAGCCGGGAGGAGCCCCGCGAAAAGGCCUCGGCUGAGCGGAUAGACGAGCCUUCCAGAGGGUCGUACGUCGUGCAGCUUCCCGACCGACGCAUCCAGACCGUCACGUAUUACUACGACACUAAACUCGGAUUCGUAGCAGAGGUGUCGUACGAAAUCGAACCCGAGAUUAAUAAAAUAUAACGUUCUUGGUCGUAGUGGGCGCCCCUCGCAGCUCGUGGGGGCCCUCUGUCACACACUCGAGUUUGCCCCUUCUCUACAUCUGGGAAUUUAUAAGCUGUAGAUGCCAUUUUCUUCCUUGAUGUCCCGAGGAAGGCCUCUGGAAGGACGUGAGGUCAUGUAAGGUCAUUGGUUUCCUUCAUGGCUUUGUAGUUCCUUGUGUGUCCUCACUUACUAGCUCUCGGGAUGCUAGUAAAGGUAAUUAAUUAGUUUUAGCGAGCCAAAUGCAGCUAUUAUCUUGUCAGACGCUAAAAUGAGGGUGAUAAUUAUACCCUAAUAUAGAGUGUAACAUGGAGUAAGAACACCGUAUACACGUGCACACAUACACGCCAUACAAACAAUUUAAACGUAAAAAAAAGAAGAUUAACACGUAAUCCAUUUACUUCAGAAGUACCGCCACUGUACACUUUUUAUUUCCCGAUCAUAACCAGUAUUUCAGGUUUAUAUUUCAGGUUCUGGUUCAGGAAAUCCUUCCAGUUAUGAAUACUUGAUAUACCCAGCCUACAUUCACUCACGCACAGUAGUUCAGUCAAUAGUACAUCUGAAUUAGAACAGUUUUAGCCUGUGAUAAUGUGUACAGUGUAGAGUAGCGUUAGUCUGUGAUAACCCACGAAAAAAAGAAGAAA